AUGGAAACAUCCAAACGCCAAGGCAUCUUUUACGUUACCAAUCUCGCUUUCAAAGUGUAUUUCAAGCUCAACUCUGUACGUCUAUGCCAAACCUUCAUUUCCAACAUUCGUACGGGCGAAGUCGAUCUUCGUGAAUUCCCAAUGGCCCAGCAAGUGACUUACCGAUACUAUCUCGGACGCUAUUUCUUAUACCAAAACCGAUUGCGCAAGGCAGAGGAUCAUUUACGAUUUGCUUUCGAGAAAUGUGCAGCGCCUUGCUGGAAAAACAAACGAUUGAUCCUUCAAUAUCUUAUUCCUACACGGUUGCUAUUGGGCCGGUUCCCAAUGCCACAACUCUUAGCGAAAUAUCAAUUGCAAGAACAAUAUUUACCGUUGAUUGUUCAUCUGAAAUCAGGCAAUAUUGCCGGUUAUAUGAGCCAUAUCGAUCAACACUUUCAUUACUUUUAUUCCACCUUUACCUACAUGAUGCUGCGAGAACGAGGCACGGUACUGUUAUGGCGAUGUCUGAUUCGCAAGUUAUACACCAUCAUGAGAAUUUCCAAUGCAGCCCAUAUUGCUCUCAGUUUUGAAACGUGCUUGAAAGCAUUGCACUUUUCAUCUCAAGACACAACCUUGGAUUUACGCGAUAUGGAAUGCAUAUUGGUAUCACUUGUGAGCCAGAACUAUAUACGUGGCUACUUGCAUCAUCAAAAGCAUCGUCUUGUGUUGAGCAAAGUCAAUCCAUUUCCUCCUGUUAGUCACAUCCGGGUACACACAGAACGUUACAACGAAGAACUUGUCGAAGCCCACCUUGACGAUCAUCAACCUGAAAUCCCCAUGGAAAUCCAGCAACUCCUGGACGAAUAA